UCCUGUUUCCUUCAGCUGUGUCUUAAAGUAAAUCUUGUUGUGGUGCGGAGACCUCAGCUGAGCGAGGCUGCUCUGCUGCCUGCAGAAAUAAUAGGCAAUUCCAGCCAGGGAAAGAAGAGCCGCGCAGAAGAGCUGGGUCCUCCCUCCUCUGUUCUCUCUCUCUCUCUCUCCCUCGCACACUCACUCGUUUCCUUUCUUUCUCUCUCUCUCUCGCACACACACAUACACACACACAGACAAACACACACAGAGAGCCUGGCACGCUCCCUUCCACCCUCCCUGGGCCAAUUACAAUAUUCAUCAGCGGCAAGAUCUCCGAGCUGUGUAUUUCUGCGUGCGCGCGUGUGUGCGUGCGUGUGUGUUUUGUGUGUGUGUUUCCCUCUAUCUCGGUCUCCCUCGCCUUCUAUUUAGACAUCGGGGGAGGGGGGGAAAGAGAGAAAGACAGAGGGAGAGGGGGCUCAGUUUCAUCGCCUUUGCAACUGAGGUCCCAGGAUUCUUGAGCUGUGCCCAGCUGACAAGCUUUUGAAGAUGGCACAAUAACAGUUCAGUGAUGCCUGACCAUGACAGCACAGCCCUCUUAAGCAGGCAGACCAAGAGAAGAAGAGUUGACAUUGGAGUGAAAAGGACGGUAGGGACAGCAUCUGCAUUUUUUGCAAAAGCAAGAGCAUCGUUUUUUAGUGCCAUGAAUCCCCAAGGUUCCGAGCAGGAUGUGGAGUAUUCAGUGGUGCAGCAUGCAGAUGGGGAGAAGUCAAAUGUGCUCCGCAAGCUGCUGAAGAGGGCGAACUCAUAUGAAGAUGCCAUGAUGCCUUUUCCAGGAGCAACCAUAAUUUCCCAGCUGUUGAAAAAUAACAUGAACAAAAAUGGUGGCACAGAGCCCAGUUUUCAAGCCAGUGGUCUCUCUAGCACAGGCUCUGAAGUACAUCAGGAGGAUGUGUGCAGCAACUCUUCAAGAGACAGCCCCCAGGAGUGUCUUUCCCCUUUUGGCAGGCCGACAAUGAGCCAGUUUGAUAUGGAUCGCUUAUGCGAUGAGCACCUGAGAGCGAAGCGUGCCCGGGUUGAGAAUAUCAUUCGGGGGAUGAGCCAUUCCCCGAGUGUGGCAUUAAGGGGCAAUGAAAAUGAAAGAGAGAUGGCUCCGCAGUCCGUGAGUCCCCGAGAAAGUUACCGAGAAAACAAGCGCAAGCAAAAGCUGCCUCAACAGCAGCAGCAGAGUUUCCAGCAGCUGGUUUCUGCGAGGAAAGAACAGAAGCGAGAGGAGCGCAGACAGCUGAAACAGCAGCUGGAGGACAUGCAGAAACAGCUGCGCCAGCUGCAGGAAAAGUUCUACCAAAUCUAUGACAGCACAGAUUCUGAAAACGAUGAAGAUGCUGGCAACCUGUCUGAAGAUAGCCUACGUUCAGAAAUGCUGGACUCUAGAGCAAGGGAUUCAGUGGGCAGGUCAGAUAACGAAAUGUGUGAGCUGGACCCAGGGCAAUUCAUUGAUCGGGCAAGAGCCCUGAUCAGAGAGCAGGAGAUAGCUGAAAACAAACACAGGAAGGAAGGCCCCAAAGAAAAAGACCACGGGCCAAACUCUUUUCACCCUGAAGGGAAACACCUAGCUGAGACAUUGAAGCAGGAACUGAACACAGCCAUGUGUCAGGUUGUGGACACUGUGGUCAAGAUUUUCUCCACAAAACCUGCCCGCCAACUUCCUCAGGUCCUCCCACCUCUUCAGAUCCCCCAAGCAAGAUUUGCCAUGAAUGGGGAGAACCACAACUUCCACACAGCCAACCAGCGCCUCCAGUGCUUCGGUGAUGUCAUCAUUCCAAACCCGCUCGACACCUUUGGCAACAUGCCGCUGCCCAAUUCCACAGACCAAACAGAAGCACUGCCCCUCGUAGUCCGCAAAAAUUCAUCAGACCAGUCUGCCUCUGCCCCUCCACCUGGCAGCCACCACCCUGCUCUCCACCAGUCUCCACUCUCUGCCACUGCUGGCUUUACUUCGUCUUCUUUCCGCCAUCCUUUCCCGCUUCCCCUUAUGGCCUACCCAUUUCAGAAUCCACUAGGUGCUCCUUCUGCCUCUUUUCCAGGGAAAGACCGAUCCUCCCCAGAAUCCUUAGAUUUAACAAGAGAGACCACGAGCCUGAGGACCAAGAUGUCAUCGCACCACAUGAACCAUCAUCCUUGUUCACCAGCACACCCACCCAGCACCGCUGAAAGCCUCUCUAUAUCGCUCAUCAAGUCUGAGUGUGGUGACCUACAAGAUAUUUCAGAAAUCUCACCUUACUCGGGGAGUGCAAUGCAGGAAGGUUUGUCGCCUAACCACUUGAAAAAGGCCAAGCUCAUGUUCUUUUAUACCCGUUACCCAAGUUCCAAUAUGCUGAAAACGUACUUCUCAGAUGUGAAGCAUCAUUCAUCCAGAAGAAGCCCAAAGUGCUUUACAAACAGCCAAUAUAGGGAUCAUUCACCCACCACUGAAAGGCAGCCACUUCCGUGGUGGAAGGCCACAGCCAUUCGGGGUCAACAACAUCACACACCAGUAGAUUUCAACAGAUGCAUUACCUCUCAGCUCAUCAAGUGGUUUAGCAAUUUCCGCGAGUUCUACUACAUUCAGAUGGAAAAGUAUGCGCGUCAAGCCAUCAACGACGGAGUGACCAGCACUGAAGAGCUGUCUAUAACCAGAGACUGUGAGCUGUACAGGGCCCUCAACAUGCACUACAAUAAAGCAAAUGACUUUGAGGUUCCAGAGAGAUUCCUGGAAGUGGCUCAGAUCACAUUACGAGAGUUUUUCAAUGCCAUUAUCGCAGGCAAAGAUGUUGAUCCUUCCUGGAAGAAGGCCAUAUACAAGGUCAUCUGUAAACUGGACAGUGAAGUUCCUGAGAUUUUCAAAUCUCCAAACUGCCUCCAAGAGCUUCUCCAUGAGUAGAAAUUUCAAACACUAUUUAUGAAUGUAUAAAAAAAGUAGCAGACCACCCUUUUUGAUGCCCAAGUUACGUGCGUGUGAGUGUGUGUGUAUGUGUGUCUAUAAAGCAGAAUCCUUUGUGAUUUUUUUUCUUAUUUAGGUCAGUAAGAAACGGAUAAUUAACUCCAGUCUUUGUUUUAAUUUUUGCCUGUAACUUUUAACAUUUCACACAAAAUGGAUAUGGAUCACAUCCCCCUUUCCUACUUUCCAUCCCUGGAAGAAAAAUGUUUUGAAGUGUGUACAAACCUGUUUUACCAAAUUUAGGGCAUUAUGUUUAUCUAGUUUGCCAGGCAUUACAGAAAGAAACAUUCUGUUUUACAAGUAUUAUGGCGCAUUUCUGCAGGCCAGGACAUCUCUUUGUUUAAAGGUUUCGCUCAACUGGGUAAUGAAAGUGGCAAUGGUUUUGUGUUGUAGUUUGGAAGACAAAUAAGUGCCCGUUCUAGCCUCUCAAAUCUGAUCAAUAUCCACAACGGUCUCAACUCUUGCUCCUUAUAAGAACACUUGUUCCUUAUAAGAAAAAAAAUUAUGACCCAAAUGUUACACCCUGGACUGCAGCAUAUUCUGUGGUGCCAGACAGGCUGGUCCAUCUAUAUCCUUUCACAGAGGAUGUGUUCUUGAACAACCUUCAGAACACAGCCAAAGAGCCUGAAAAAC